UGGCAUUUGAAGGUCGACGAAGACCACAUUUCCGAAAAAGCCGACGACGAUGAUCCUCCUUAUCGCGUCGGUCGUGAUCCUGAGCGAGACGCUGCGCAGCCUGCUCCAGGACGCCUUCGCGGUCCUCUGCCAGCAGCUCGCGGAUGCGCCCGUCUUCUUCUCGCUACUCUUGGCGGUGCUUGCGGCCUGCUGCGCGCUCCGGGCGUCGCUGCUCCAGACGAUGAACACGACGUCGGUGCUCAUCAUUGGCUUUGCCGCCGUCUCGUACCGCGCGACCGAGCACGACAUUCCGCGCCCGCUCUCGUUUGUGCAAGCAGCCGGCGUCAUCGCUCUCGUGUACCUCCUCGGCUUUGUGGGCAUGUGGGCCGUCAAGCCGACGCCCAAGUACACCAACGACAAGUACACCGAGGCGAACCGUGACGCGGACGUCAUUAUCAUUGGCGGUGGCACCACGGGGUGCGCCAUGGCGAUGGGCCUCGCCAAGCAAGGCAAGAAGGUGCUCGUGUUUGAAAAGACGCUCGAGUACCAAGACCGGUUCGUGGGCGAGCUCAUGCAGCCCGGUGGCCUCGACGCGCUGCGAUCGCUGGACCUCCUCGAUUGCGCCGAGACUGAGACGGACAUCAAGGCCGAGGGCUACACGAUCGUCAAGACAAAGAAGGGCACCGAAGACCACAUCAUGCUCCCGUACCCCGAGCGCGUGCCCAAGACGUUCUCCGAGUACAUGGGCUUUGCGCGUGGCGACAAUGGCACGGGCAAGCAGCACGGCCGCGGCUUCCACAACGGCCUGUUUGUCGACCGCCUCCGCGCCAAGGUCUUUGCCCACGAGAACGUCACCUGCAUUGAAGGCACAGUCACCAAGCUCGUGUCCGACUCCAAGACGGACAUUUGCCGCGGGGUUCAGUACCGCCGCAAGGCGACGUCCGAAGACGUCGAGAUGCCGACCGAGCACGCGAAAGCACCGCUUGUCCUUGUCUGCGACGGUCUCUGGUCGGGUCUCCGCCGCGAGCUCUCGACCGAGUCGCCCAAGCAAAUUUCGAGCUUCAUUGCCAUCUUGAUGAAGCACCCGCCCAUGGAAGCGUCGGUGCCGUACCGCGGGUACGGCCACGUCAUCCUUGCCGAGCCGUCGCCGAUCGUUGUCUAUCAAAUCUCGCCGACCGAGACGCGGGCGCUGGUCGACGUGCCUGGGAAAGUGCCGAGCCAGAGCAACGGCGACCUCACCAAGCACCUCCUCAACGUCGUUGCGCCGCAGAUGCCCGAGGCGUCCCGCGCCGCCUUUGUCACGGCCGUGCAGGACGGCCCGGUCAAGUCGAUGCCCAACCGUGAAUUCAUGACGACGCAGCCGAGCCUCGGCCGCUGCAUCAUGAUUGGCGACUCGUGGAACAUGCGUCACCCGCUCACGGGCGGCGGCAUGUCGGUCGCGCUCCGUGACGCGGUGCUCCUCACGUCGCUCCUCGAGAAGACCGACCUCGUCGACGCCGACGCGAUCGCGGCCGCUCGCCAUGCGUUUGAAGAGCAGCGCGUGAACCACUCGUCGACCAUCAACAUCCUCGCCAACGCCUUGUACCACGUGUUUUCGAUUCCGGACGGCUACUCGAACGCGGCCGCGCGCGAAGAGAUCCGCGAGAGCUGCUACCAGUACCUCAAGCUCGGCGGUAUGUUCAGCUCGGGCCCGCUCGGCCUCCUCUGCGCGCUCACGCCCAAGCCAGCGGUGCUCGUUGCCCACUUCUUCAUGGUGGCCGGCUACGCCGCGUCGCGCGUCUUGACGCCGUUCCCGACCCCGAGCAAGCUCCUGCAUUGCUACCGCGUCUUCCACGAAGCGUGCUUGAUCAUCAUGCCGCUCGUGCUGCGCGAGGACGUCACGUUCCUCGCGUGGGCGCCGCUCGCCGGUCUCAUCAACCUCCUCUUCCCGUUCCGCCGCUAAUCGCAAUGUAUAUUUUCGUCCCAA